GGCUCAAGAUCUGGCGCGGGUUAGGCGAGCUCAGUGGUGAGAUGAAUGGACAGGAGAGGUGGUUGAUGAGGGUAGGAAACAGUCAGUCUGUCGCGAGGAGGUCGGCGACAGUUGGCGUACUCCACCCAGCAGAUCCGCGCCGCCCCUGCCCAAAUCCUCUCCAUGUGCGCCGCACCCAAUCCCUUCCUCGCUCGUCUCAUCCAUGGCCAGCUCCCCAUCCUCCUGCAGUUCCCCUCCCUUUCUUCCUUCUCCUCUCUCACGACACGCCGCCUGUCUCCAUCCCGCAUCCCCGCUGCCGCCACAGCCUCUCCAGGAGGCUGGCCCUCCGUGUUGCAAAGCAGCAGGCCAGGAUCUGGAGGAGGAACAGGAGAUCUCGAGGUCCAGGAGGUGGCUUGGUCGAUGCGAGGUGAGUGGGAGGUGAUGGCGAGCCGAUGAGCGUGGGCGGUCAAGACCACGGUCACUGCUUUGGUGGUUGCGCACAUGCCAGCGAGCGCAUCUAAUGUCACACACCGAGGUUCAAACAGGAGAAGUACUAUCUUGCCUGCCUAAAAUUGAUAGGAGCUCAGCCUAAAUGUUAGAUGUUCUUGAAGAAAUACAUGGAAUGUAGGAUGGAGAGUUGAAGAGCGUAUGGUCGUAAAAGUUUUGAAGAAAUUUCUGAAGGUUGUCAUUGAGAUCUUUGAAGAGAGAUAUCUCCUUGUACCAAAUGAAGCGGACACUAUAAGGCUUCUGCAGAUUGGUGCAUCAAAUGGCUUCCCUGGUAUUUGUGGAAGCAUAAAAUUACCAUCAUGGGUGCCGGCGGCAAAAUGACAAAGAAGGAGCGGGAGAAGCAGGAGCUGCUCGGCCGCGCUGGUGCCUGUGAGAUCUUCCAGCGUGCGCCGACGGACAAGCCAGCGUUCACGCUGGCCCUCGUCAAGAAAUCAAUCCUGCCUCACUGCUUCCAGCGCUCGGUGAUCAAGUCCUUCUCCGAUGUGGUCUAUGACCUCGUCAUCAUCGCGUCUCUCUUGUACGCCGCGUUGGUCUGGAUCCUAGCACUCCCGAGCAUGCAACAGCUGGGCACCUGGCCGCUCUACUGGGUCGUGCAGGGCUGCGUCAUGAACAGCAUCUGGGUAAUCACCCACGAGUGCGGCCACCACGCCUUAUCCGACUACUUGCUGCUCGACAACAUGGGUUAUAGAUGCCACAAGGCUUGCCUAACAAGGGUGGGUUCCCUGAAAGGGAAGGCUUGCCAACCAAAAGGUGGUUCUUUCUUCUGUUAAUUGUUUUGAUCCUCUUUUUUUAUUUAUGCAAAAAGGAAUGGUAUUGCUUAUGUUCUCUGAUGAACUGUACCUUGAAUUCUUGAUUUUGUAAUUCACUGAAGAAUCUUCCAUCACAAACUCUGUUCAUUGAGAACUUUACCUGGAUAUGCUAAAGCUUGCGCACUGAUAUUUGUUGUUCAGUUAGCGCUGGAGUUGUGCAACUCCCAUGUAGUUUUAUGAUGUGUCAAAAAACUGAAAAUUAUUGAUCCUUAUCACUACAGAUCAUUUCAAGAGCUCGGAGACUGAUACGUCUCCAACAUA